AUGAAUGCAUCAAGGAUCUAUCAGUUGCAUAAGGCCAUAGCCACCACUGUACAGGAUGUUGACAGUAUAGCAACCUAUUUCUCUAAGCUGAGAAAUUUAUGGGAUGAGUUUGCUAGUAUUACACCUCCACCCUGUAACUGUCCAAAUUCUAAGGAUCUGUCUAUGCAUAUGGAGAAACAAAAGUUGAUGCAAUUUUUGAUGGGGUUGAAUGAAACCUAUGAACAAUCACGUAGUCAGAUAUUGAUGGUUGAACCUACACCCACUAUUAACAAAGCCUAUGCUAUGCUUAUUGAAAGGGAGAGUCAAAGAUCACUCACAUCUACAUCUAUGAGUGAAGAAAGUGCAGAUUUAGCUGCUCUAAUGGCAGGAAGAGGAGGACCUCCUCGUUACAGUAAAGGAGUUACUUCACAGUCUAACUCUAAUCAAUAUUAUAAAGGGAAGAAGAAUUGGGAUUUGAAGUGUGAUUAUUGCAAGAAUCAAGGACAUGUAGAGGCUAACUAUUUUCGACUUCAUGGUUAUCCACCAGAUUGGAAAUUCAAGAAGAAAGGGACAGGUAACAAUGCCUAUAAUGCUAAUAAUGUCCAGACUGAUAAUUUUUCAAUGCAUUCAGGUGCAAGAAAUCCACCUAGAGCACCUUCUUUGACUGAUGAGCAACAUGAUCACAUUUAA